ACAACCGCACGGCGCCGAGCAGAGUGCUUCGGCGGUUGGCACCCAAGCGGCGAAGCCGCCACCACCGCCAGCUCCUCCUCCUCCCCCCCAAAUCGGCCCCGCCCUCUUCGGCAUCCAUGGAGGGGGCCCCCGCCCCCGCCGAGCUCGCCGUGGCCCGCGGCGACGAGGAGGAGGGGGAGGAGGAGGCCGCGCCGCUGGUCUCCGGUGUACGCGGUGGAGCGGCGGCGUCCCAGACCCGCGACCUGCACCUGAUGAGCUCGGCCUUCCUCUUCGUCUUCCUCGCCUACCACGCCGCCCAGAACCUGCAGAGCACCGUCAACACGGACGAGAACCUGGGGUCGGUGUCGCUGGGGUUGCUGUACACGUCGUUCACGGCGUUCUCGGUGGUGGGCUCGCCGGUGGUGCGGCGGAUGGGGUCCAAGCGCGCGCUCGUGAUCGGCACCUCUGGCUACCUCCUCUUCAUCGCCGCCAACCUCGUCCCCACCUGGUACACAAUGGUGCCAGCUUCCCUGUACCUGGGUUUUACUGCAUCGAUCAUCUGGGUUGGGCAGGGUACAUAUCUCACAUCUGCUGCCCUCAGUCAUGCAAGAGACAAUAAUUUGCCUGAAGGGCCAACUUUGGGGAGCUUUAAUGGAGAAUUCUGGGGAAUGUUUGCUAGCACACAGGUCAUUGGGAAUUUGAUCUCUCUUGCACUACUGAGAAAUGGACAGGAUGGAGGAAGUGUCACGGGGAAAAAUUUGCUGUUUGUUGUGUUUCUUGGCUGCAUGAUUGUCGGCAUUGUAUUAAUGUGUUUACUUUCCAAAAGGGAUGAGAAAAGAAAUAAUGCUCCAACACAUUCCUCAUUUGGAGCUAUGAUGAAGUAUAUUGUUGCUCCUCUAAAGGACCGAAGGAUGAUUCUUAUCGUCCCUCUUAUAGCAUAUUCAGGUUUACAACAGGCAUUUGUAUGGGCUGUAUUCACGAAAAGUAUUGUAACACCUGUGCUUGGCAUAUCUGGAGUUGGCGGUGCCAUGGCAAUAUAUGGGGCAGCUGAUGUUGUUUGUUCAUUGGUUGCUGGACGUUUGACCUCUGGGCUUCAUUCAGCUACAUCUAUCGUUUCAGUUGGAGCUAUUCUUCAGGCUGUAGUCCUCUUCUGGUUGCUUCUUUUUUACAGUCCAAUGGGUGGACUACUUGGUGCAGCAAUUCCACUGUUUAUAGGUGCCUUGUGGGGUGUUGGUGACGGAGUCCUGAAUACACAGUUAAGCGCAUUACUUGGGCUGCUGUUCGAGGAUGUCAAGGAGGCAGCUUUUGCACAGUUGAAGGUUUGGCAAUCAGGUGCCAUCGCAGUCAUCUUCUUCCUGAGCCCAAACAUCACGCUACAAGCCAUGCUUAUCUUGAUGGCCAUUGCACUCAUCAUCUCUUUCGGCUCAUUCUUGUUACUUACUCUUGUUGUGGAGAAGUCAUCGACCGCCAGAUCGUGAGGCAGAACUUUUUGUCCAACAGAAACCAAUUCGGAAGUGGUGCCAAUUGCACCAAACAUACCUUCUUCAUCACUGGCAGCAACAACCCAAGCAGCACAUAUUUGUAUGCACGACCAAUGCAAAACCUAAAGGAAAUGAACUGUCUAUCAGAUGAUGUGCAUAACACAACACCACUCUGCCCACCAUUCGGUUCAGCGAUUUUUUGCUGAGUUGAAGUGAUUGCAUUCAAAUUUAGAAAGUGGGCCUUGUAGCAAAUCUGGUUUGGUGCCGUUGUUUCUGUUCCGUGUUUGUUUGUAGCAAUGUUACUGCAGUCAUAUAUGUUGUAAGAGCUGCUCUUUUGUUCUGAAAAAGGGUGUUAUUUUGACUUUGCUGAUAUUGUCAUACUGAAGAUGUUCUCACAUUCUUGAUGGAAUAUAUGUCAGGCGUAACCGCGUAAGCCUU